GUGCCAAGGUGACGUCCACAGACCUGCCGGAGGUGCUGAGUAACCUUCAGUAUAACGUCCUGCGUAACACCAGGGGUUCCUGUAGACACGCUCCUCGUGUCACUGAGCUGUCCUGGGGGAAGGAGCUGGAACAACACUUCCCUCAGGCUGCCUGUCACUACGACUACGUGUUCGCUGCCGGCGUGGUGUACUGCCACCCUUACCUGGCGGAACUCUUGGACACCUUCGAUCACCUGUGUCAGGGCGGAGCGGAGAUCCUCUGGGCCAUGAGGUUCCGUCUGGACAGAGAGAACCAGUUCGUAGAACGGUUCCAGACCAGGUUCCAUCUGGAUGAAUUGUACGAUCUGCCCAGUCUCAGUAUUAAACUGUACCGAGCAUCGAGGAAGGAGAUGGGGAGGAAGACACGGUCUGGAGAGGCAGCUUAAUACUACCAUGCUCUACGGAAGCAGACACUGCAGGGGAUGGAGAGAUGGGGAGGAAGACACGGUCUGGAGAGGCAGCUUGAUACUACCAUGCUCUACGGAAGCAGACUGAGAGAUGGGGAGGAAGACACGGUCUGGAGAGGCAGCUUAAUACUACCAUGCUCUACGGAAGCAGUCUGAGACACUGCAGGGGGAUGGAGAGAUGGGGAUGUGUGUUCUUUGAUUGAAUCCCGGCCACUCACUCAGAGAACAAGCCCCUCCCCACCCCGCCAAGCCCCUCCCCACCCAGCCCCUCCCCA